GAAGCUGGUGUAGGGGGUAGGUAGAGGUGCAGGAGCUGGCCAAGUGCCCGCUUGCCCACCCACCCCCAGCAGAGACUUGAAAGAACUGGGCUUGUGUGUGCGUGUGUAUAGGGCGCUGGACGGGGGACUCUCGGGACACCAGAACACACCGUCAUCCAGGACGGUCAGAGCCACCAGGGCCCUGCUCCCCGCUCUGGGCUCUCUGGGGUGGGACAGAGGAUCAGGUUGUCUCCAUGCCCUCUCCCUACCCCUAUGACUAGGGUUAGGGUUAGGAAGUUUGGGGACGGUGGGCCCACUGUGAUAGGCCAUCUGCCCCGUCACAGAAUGCUGGCACCCUACCACGGCCCUUGGCGGUCCCACUGGCUGCGGCCUCCCUCCCGCAUGCCAAGACCUGGGGUCUUUUGAUUCCCGGGCAGGGCAGGGGCCAACUCACGGGGCUCUCAUUCCCAUAGUCUGCAACUUCAUGUCCCACGAGAAGUGCCUGAAGCACGUGAAGACCCCGUGCACGAGCGUGGCACCCAGCCUGGUCCGCGUCCCGGUGGCCCACUGCUUCGGCCCCCGGGGGCUCUACAAGCGCAGGUUCUGCGCCGUGUGCCGAAAGGGCCUGGAGGCGCCCGGGGUUCGCUGCGAAGUGUGUGAGCUGCACGUUCACCCCGACUGUGUGCCCUUCGCCUGCAGCGACUGCCGCCAGUGCCACCAGGACGGGCACCGAGACCACGACACGCACCUCCACCACUGGCGCGAGGGAAACCUGCCCUCGGGCGCGCGCUGCGAGGUCUGCCGAAAGGCUUGCGGCUCGUCCGACGUGCUGGCCGGCGUGCGCUGCGAGUGGUGCGGCGUCCAGGCCCUCUCCUGUACCGGGACUCCAGGCUCGAGCCCGUGCCCUCUCCCCCAGGCCCACUCGGUCUGCUCCGCGGCCCUCGCCCCCGAGUGCACUUUCGGGCGCCUGCGCACCAUGGUCCUGCCGCCGGCGUGCGUGCGCCUGCUGUCCCGCAACUUCAGCAAGAUGCACUGCUUUCGGAUCUCCGAGAGCACGGCCCCGGAGCCGGGGGAGGGAGACGACAGCGUGGACGGAAGCGCCCCCGCCGGCCCAGGGAGAGAGGUGAUGGCACUAGAGUCCAGCAAGCAGACUCUGAAGAUCUUUGACGGCAACGACGCGGUGCAGCGAAACCACUUUCGUGCCAUCACCGUCCCCCGCCUGGCCAAGAGUCAGGAGGUGCUGGAGGUGGCGCUGCGGGCCUACUACAUCACGGAGGACCCUCAGGGCUUCCAGCUGCAGGCGCUCCCUGCACCCGCUCUGGUUGGCGACACCGGGGCCUCGGGAAAGGUCUGGAGUGGUGGGACCACCGAGGAGGAAGGCAGUAGAGGCCCAGGGGCCCGAGACGUUCCCAGCAUCGUUCGCAUUCCCGAGGCCUGGAUCAUUCGCGCUCUGCCCCGCAGCCAGGAGGUCCUGAAGAUCUACCCUGCCUGGCUCAAGGUGGGUGUGGCCUAUGUGUCCAUGCGUGUGACCCCGCAGAGCACUGCCCGGACUGUGGUGCUGGAGGCCCUCCCGCUGCUUGGACGCCAGGCCGAGGGGCUGAAGAGCUUCCAGCUGGUGGAGGUACUCAUGGGCAGCAGGCAGGUCCAGCGCGCGGUGCUGGCGGACGAGGAGCCCUUGCUCGACCGGCUUCGCGAGAUUCGGCAGCCUGGGGCAUCUUCCCUUCGGCCCCCUUUGUGGACGGGGCGUGGGGAGGCCCGUCCCCUAGUGCUCUGCUCAGCGUGCCCCCACUCCCCGCAGACGUCCCUGCGGCAGAUGAGCCAGACGCGGUUCUACGUGGCUGAGAGCAGAGUGGUGGCCCCACGUGUCUCUCUGUUCGUGGGUGGUCUGCCCCCUGGCCGGUCCCCCCAGGAGUAUAGCAGUCUGCUGGACGAGGCUGUGGCCAGCAAAGCUGGCCUGGUGUCCAUGAGCCACGUCUACUCCGCACAAGGUGCCGUGGUGCUGGACGUGGCCUGCUUUGCGGAGGCCGAGCGGCUGUACAUGCUGGUCAGGGACACGGCUGUGCACGGCCGGCCGCUGACGGCCCUGGUGCUCCCGGACGUGCUGCACCUGAAGCUGCCCCCAGACUGCCGCCCCCUGCUGGUGUUUGUGAACCCCAGAAGCGGAGGCCUCAAGGGCCGCGACCUGCUCUGCAGUUUCCGGAAGCUGCUCAACCCCCACCAGGUCUUUGAGCUGACCAACGGGGGGCCGCUGCCCGGGUUCCACGUGUUCUCCCAGGUGCCCUGCUUCCGGGUGCUGGUGUGCGGCGGGGACGGCACCGUGGGCUGGGUGCUCGCCGCCCUGGAGGAGAUGCGGCACCGCCUGGCUUGCCCAGAGCCCGCCGUGGCCAUCCUGCCCCUGGGCACAGGGAAUGACCUCGGCCGGGUCCUCCGCUGGGGGUCGGGCUACAGUGGAGAGGACCCGUUCUCCGUGCUGGUGUCGGUGGACGAGGCGGACGCCGUGCUCGUGGACCGCUGGACCAUCCUGCUGGACGCGCAUGAGGCCGGCGGUGGGGAGGAGAGCGUGGCAGACGCAGAGCCCCCCAAGAUGGUGCACAUGAGUAACUACUGUGGGAUCGGCAUCGACGCGGAGCUGAGCCUGGACUUCCACCAGGCGCGAGAGGAGGAGCCCGGCAAGUUCACGAGCAGGUUCCACAACAAGGGCGUGUACGUGCGGGUCGGGCUGCAGAAGAUCAGCCACCCUCGCGGCCUGCACAGGGCCCUCCGGCUGCAGGCGGAACGGCAGGAGGUGGAGCUGCCCAGCAUCGAGGGGCUCAUCUUCCUCAACAUCCCCAGCUGGGGCUCGGGGGCCGACCUGUGGGGCUCCGACAGCGACUCGAGAUUCGAGAAGCCGCGCAUGGAUGACGGGCUGCUGGAGGUGGUGGGGGUGACGGGUGUCGUGCACAUGGGUCAGGUCCAGGGUGGGCUGCGCUCCGGCAUCCGCAUCGCCCAGGGGUCCUACUUCCGUGUCACCCUCCUCAAGGCCACACCUGUGCAGGUGGACGGCGAGCCCUGGGUCCAGGCUCCCGGGCACAUGAUCAUCUCGGCCGCAGGCCCGAAGGUCCACAUGCUCAGGAAGGCCAAGCAGAAGCCCAGGAAGGCGGGGACCCCCAAGGAUGUGCGAGCAGAUGGGGCGCCUGCCCCCGAUGGGGACUCCAAGUAGAGGCGGGUCCUGGAGCAGCGCUCGCUGGCGGACGUCCUCGCCCACAGCCCUGACCUUGGGUGUUUCCCUCUCGUCCCGUCCCCGUGCCACACAGAAACUGCCGGGUGGGUAGUGGGCACUUCCCCUCUGGCCUUCGUACCAGGGCUGGGUGGGGCCCGGGCCGCCGUCCCGGAGGGCACACACUCCUCCCCAGGUCCCUCCGCCACCUCUGACCCCUUGAGCCAGGCAGUGCCGUACCUCACCUCAUGCCCCUUGGGCUGUCCCCCUGGGUGCUCCUACAGGGCAACUGGCUCUCUGGGCCCCAGGGUUGCCCAGCACAGACCCGGGACACCCUGGCCACUAGCUCUGUGGCCUCACCUCCCCACUGAGGGCUGUCCUGGGGGACACGCCUCUCCAGGCCCGGGUGGUGUCUGGCCGGCCCAGUCGGAACCUGGCUGGUGGCCCCGGAGUGACAGGGCUGGGACGGGAGGGCCCCGAGGAGGCCAGGUGGGGCCCAGGAGGCAGCAGGAGCCUGCCUGGGAGCCCAGAGGAAGUGAGGAGAGCGUGCGGCCGGAGCGGCUUUAAUCGGCAAGGUCGACGCGGCACGUGGGCAUCGCGCACUCGGCCUCCCGUUUGCCGACAGCACACGGGUGCCGUGUCCGCUGCUGGGCAGACGGGACCCGUGUGGUCUCCGUGCUUCUUCACGUGGAGACUCGGCGGCGCAGGACGCAGACGGGGCUGUCUGGCGGGCCGCUCGCAGAGCCCCUACCAGAGCCGCAGAGUUUAGCUGGCCCAGAGUCCCGACUUGGCCCCCAGAAGAGCCCGACCCCAGCUGCCUGGGAGCCCCCAAAGCCCCAGAGGAGGGUCCACAAGCCCCUCUCCUGAUUGUCUGGUCUCUUUGCCUUUGGCGCUGUCUUGCCGCCGGGCCCUCGCACCCUGGGUGGUGGCCUUGCCCUGACAUUCGGCCUCAACCUCGGACACGGCCCCGCCCAGCCCCGUACCCACCAAGCUUGUGCCAAAACCGCCCAGGCACGUGCACUGGAACAGCCGUGGGUGGCGGCCCGUCCUCACCACGUGCCUCUAGUAGCCGGCGUGCGUCCCCCAGGUUCGCGUCCCCGGGGGCGGCAUUAGCUUUUGCUUUGCGGGCCCCGUUGGUCGAUAUGACUGUCUUGUAAAUUGUGGUUCAGGUGAACGUGUCCUCUGUGCGUAAGCGAGUCUGUGCGCCCGGAGGGGCUGAGUGGGCUCUGCACCCCCUCCCUCAUGUGUAACUUAUCACCUGAAGGUGACCGUAAUUUAUAUCUGGGACAAAUAGAGUCUGGGCAUCCUGUCCUGCUGCUGUCUCCUGCGUCUGUGCCUGAGGCCGGUGUGUUGGGGGAGGAGGCCUGGGAUGUGGGGGCUGGUCGGGCAGCCCAGCAGCUGCCAGGGCCCUCUGCCCGCGGGACGCGGGCUGAAUUGCAGGAUGUGCUGCCUGUUGAGGACCCGGGGCCACAUCGCACACCCACACCCACCACGGGGCUGCGGCCCCAGCUGCCCGGGAGCCACCCGC